GAAACAUAGCAGUGAAACACAGUGAAUAAAAUGGCCGAAACAGCUACUGAAGUCGUUCCCGCAGCAUCAGUUGCUGCAUCUCCAGCCAAGACACCGAAAAAGGCUCGUGCUCCUAAAGGAGAGGAUAAGAAACCAAAAAAGCCAGCCACCCAUCCACCAGUGAACGAAAUGGUUCUGGCCGCCAUCAAGACCUUAAAGGAUCGUAAUGGAUCUUCUCUUCAGGCCAUCAAGAAGUAUAUCGGUGCCAAUUACAAGUGUGAUGUUGCUAAGCUCUCAACUUUCAUAAAAAAAUCUUUGAAGAGUGGUGUCGAGAAAGGUAAUCUUGUGCAAACCAAAGGAAGUGGAGCAUCGGGAUCCUUCAAAAUCAAACCUAAGGAUAAGACACCUGCGGGCGAGAAGAAACCAAAGAAAGCUGCGACUGGGAAGAAACCUGCAGGGGAAAAGAAAGUCGCCAAAAAGGCAGCCACUUCUAAAACUGCUGCUGCCAAAAAGCCGAAGGAAGCACCAGCAAAAAAAGCGGUUCAGAAGAAGGCUAAAGCUGUCGUCGCCAAAACCGCCAAAAAGGCUGGAACCGUAAAGAAAGCAGCCGCUUCCAAACAGAAACCAACCAAAGCAUCGAAGACAGCAGCGAAGAAGCCUAAAACUCCAAAACCGAAAAAGGCAGCACCAGCAAAGAAAGCUGCUGCCAAAAAGUAAAGUGCACUGGUGCUUUUCAUUUGAAACUUAUUUAAAAACAAACAGUCCUUCUCAGGACUACCAAAACCAAUGGAACGAAAGAGUAACAAUAGUUUUCCACCUCUAAGAAUUCGAAUGUUUUCUUCAUGACAGUUAAUAUACAU